CCAGUGUGUCAGUCACCUCAGUAACCCAGUGAGCGCGCGAGUGUGCAGUGCGGACCCGAGUGCAGCCAGCGACUCCUAUACCCGCGCGCGUAUAAAGUGCACUUUCGGAGCUUUCACGUCCAGUUUUCAGUUUCCAUAGGGCUUCUUCGCCCCGUCAUUUGCGGCCAGAGUAUGGCACGCUUUCUUGUGCCGGUGGCUCUGCUGCUGGUUAUAGCAGUACAAACGCACAGUCAGCAGUUCAACACUUACGAUCCCUCGGAGGGAAGCCCGAGACCUUUACCUCCCUCCAUCCCUGGAGCUUUCCCUGUUCCUGGCGAUCGCCCUCGGCCAUCUUUUAGGCCCCAGAGUCGACGGAUCCAGGCUCCGGAGGACCAAGCCCCUCAGGCACAGUCUCAACAGGCUCCGCCCCCGGGGCGCCCCAAGUUCCUGCGACGCCCCUUCCAGGCGCGUGCCGGGCGGAUCUCGCCGUUGGACGCCGAGUCGGAGCAGAAGUCGGGGGCGCCGGUCCCGUUCGCGCCGUCGCCGUUCCCGCCGCAGGGGCGCCCCCUCCCGGACGGCCCCUUCGCCCCCCAGCGCCCCGUCGUGGAGGAGGAAGACGAGCCUGAGGCGCAGGACCCGACUCUCCCGGCCGUCACGGUGACGCAGCGACAGCCGCUCUUCCGCCCCCCGCCCCAACAACCCGCCCUCCCCGUCUUCCGCCAGCCUGCCAGCGUCGGCUUCGCCCCCACACCCUUCAUCAUCCAGGAGGAGGGCGAUUCCUUCGUCCCCGCCAAACAGUUCAAGCCGGCUGCACCUCCAGUGAGCCUAAACGAGGGAGGCCAGCAGGGUCCGCAGAGGAAGGCGCAGUUCCGGCCGCAGGGUCCGAACGCGGGUGUCCGACAGCAGACUUCGAAAGCCCCGCAGUACGAGAAGCCGGCGCGCCCGCUCCAGCCGACCGCCACCGCCGAGAGGAACGACAUUGACAGGGCUGGCUACAGAGAGAAAAAACCAGUCGCCCAGAUCCUGAAACGAUACAGAGAGGACAACCCGGACGGCUCGAUCACGUGGGGUUUCGAAAACGACGACGGCUCCUUUAAAGAGGAGACGAUCGGGAUCGACUGCGUGACGCGCGGGAAAUACGGGUACAUCGACCCGGACGGGAACAGGCGGGAGUACUCCUACACCUCGGGCAUCCCGUGCAACCGCAACAAGGAGCAGGACGAGGAGGCCUCCGACACCAACGGCUACAUCGACUACACCAACAACCGAUACGUCAUGCCCAACGGCGACAGCAUCGACCUCAGCAGCAUGGUCAAGAACCGCGCCAGGAAGCCCGUCAAGAACCACCAAUACUCAUAGUGAGCGUGAAACAGGGUCCUCUCCCACUAGCGUCAGCCACCACCUUAAAACAAAAUGACACUCUUCGACGGUGUAAGUCGGCAAUCACAUAACUCGUUUGCGGUGUCUGAAAAUUUCCGCCUCUAUGUUAUUUUUUUGAAGGAGAACAAAUUGACAUCAUUCCUUGAAGAUUAUGCAGAAUUUUCUUCGCUCAGAGAAGAAAAACUACGGCAGUUUUACAGAAUUGCUGUUGAGUAGUUUUCCGUUUAAAAAAUAAUGUAUGAUUGGAAGUCUGCGACGUCGCAAACCGAGUUAUGUGAUUGCAGACUUACACCGUCGUCUUGUCCAUGCUCUAGCAUUGAUUUUAAUGGCGGCCGAGGGGAUCAAGGUGUUCUUGAGAGGGAACCGAGCGAUACCGGAUGUUGCCAAUUUACUGGGACAGUUUAAUUUUUUAUGACCGAUUCUCUGGAAAAUUUCGUUGAGGAAGCUAGGGCAAAUACCUAGGUACCUGCAAUUUUCAACAGAAUCGGCACAACCGUUCUCUUAAAAACGAAUAAAUUGCCCACAGAUGGCAUUAGCUGAUGUCACUUGAUACUCUUUCAAGAAGUACUGCUCAAAAGAUAUCUGGGAGAAAAAAUUCGUUAAAUUAACCAUGCUACUGUUUGAUUUUUGAAGUGAGGAUACAGUAUGGUAACUCUCACUUUAACUAUUACAUGGAAGGAGGUGUAAAAUACUGAACAUCCUAUGUGUCAAAAAAGUGUAAACGAGAUCUUGAGUUGAUCACUCUCAGAGUGUGGAAUUGAUUCUAGCGAUUUACUAAACCCUAGGUACCUUACUACACACAGCGACUCUCUUUAGUUUCUUUAACCUUUAUGUGAGUACCACUUAAGGCAAUAGGCAAGAGUUGCAUGAUGGAUCAUAUAAGGCUAUAUAUCAACUUCGAAAUUGGUGACCCAACACAGAAUGUUUGAUAGGCCCUGCUUUACCUAGGCGCUGCUGAACCUAUUCUGAACUACACAACCUCCUGAAAGCUGAUUUUAUUCCAUACAUAUACAGGCCCUUGUAAAAAUGGCUAAUUUGCAGUAUUGCCUCUCAUGGUGAAUAAUGCUAAAAGAUUUUCUGCCGUAAGUUUUUUUCAUGGGAGGGUGGAAUCUACUCAAAAAAUAAGCUUCAGUUUAAAAAAAAUUUCAUGCAGAUGGGUUGAUUCAGUUAAUUGAAGCAUUUAUUCAGCAAGUCAAGAGCUCUUAUACACUUUUCGAACGUCUAGAAUGCUAAAUCAGCUUUCAUGUUUCCUAGUGCAUCAGCUAAAAACUAUGAUCAGUAAAAAAUCAAAUUAUUUUUUUACCUUUACACUGCCGUUAUUGACACUUAUUGUCAACAGUCAAUCUAACAUUGCCACAACCGAAUUUUUGAAGUCUACCUGCAUUGGAUAGACCUCUUUUCCAGAUAAAUGGGCCAAAUUCUCUGCUUCAAAAAUAUAGCACCCACACUUACGAGAGCGCAAAAGCUUUCCUUUUAGUGAUAGUUUAAAGAGUAUCUUUUUAAACUGUUCCAUUUUAUCACUUUCUUAUGUACGCUGCUUUGACAGUUUGAAUGCACCGAACAUCUUUAUUUGUUCUUGGUGAAAUUCAAUUACCCCCAAAUCAGGGUUGUCUUCAUGAAGAGUUUAAAGAUUUAAUUAUUUUUUGUUCCUACAUUAUCUGAUGAUAACCAUUAAACAUUGACUAUAUUACACUUCUUAUUUAAAUCAAAGCAGUAAAUAGUAAUUAUUCUUAUAUGCUUGAUUUAAUAAUUAUGAUGGCCUCUAGUGACCAAGCGAGCAAGUUGUUUACUUCUUUGACUGGAGUAAAUAAAGAGGAGAAUAACAGCUCUGAGAAAGUGACAAAGAACUUAGAUUUGACUUCCGCUGAAACUAGCAAUAUCUACAGGAUAAAUGACUGAUUUUUUUACCAGAGCGUUAGACAGACUAUUCAUACUGAAAAAACAAAAAAAUGCUAGUGUUAGAUUUAAAACGUUUUAGGAUAUUAUUAUAAUCUUGUAUGCCAUACGUUUUUAUAUCUUCUAACAGAUCCCUGGGAAUCUUUCAGUCCUCUGAAAUUCAAGUAAAUUACAGUUGGAAAAGCAAAAAUGAUGGAAGAUUAUCAGAGUCAAGGAUUAUAGUUUAAAUUUUAUGGGAGGUGAAUAGGUCAAAAACACAAAAUAUACCUGGAAACUUUAAUUAAGCCAGAUUAAAUAAAUAUGUAUACUGUAAGAUCUCAGAAUUUUUUUUUUAACCUAUUAGCAGAGCACAGGGAUCAACAGGAAGAUCGAAAAUGUAGGCAAGCCCUGAGCUUUGUUUAAUUUGACGUGGUUAAGAUGAUUGUACCAUCCUUAACAUUGUAAAGUCAUUAGUUUAAAACAGAAAACAAUUCCUUUUUUGUAGAAAAUUACUAAUAAAAAUUAAAAAAAUUAAAAAA